CCAGAGCCUAUAGCCGCGUGUCAGAGAGGCGUCUGUGAUGCUGUCUGCUGUGCGGUGUGGAAUACGCAGAUCGAUACCCCCAUCUCAGAUUAAAAAAAAGAAGAAGAAGAAAAAAGAAAAGUGAACCUAAAAAGGAUUCAGACGAUGGCGCGAUAACCCGGUCGGAUUUGCGGAGCGUGACUUGGUGAUGUGGUCCAGACUAAUUCACCGCGGCUCCGGAGUCACGGGUUCUCUCUAAACCUCACCGCCGGCAAGACCUCAGCACGGCGCGACGAGUCCGGACGCUCCGUGUCCGCAGCCAGCGCGGGGAUGGUGCCAGACGGGGACACUCGGAGACUUGGAUAACAGAAGGGUAACGAGAAACAAGAAGAAGAAGAAAAAAGAAGACGAAGAAGAAGAAGAAGAAAAAAAGGAAAAAUAAGCAAGACCAGUAGAAGCACCGGGACAGCAUGACCGAGGGGGUGGAGGGCCAGGCUCACACACUGGCCCCGAGGAACAGACACAACCACGGGAGCAGUCUCGAUGUCUGGCGGAGCAGCAGGGCAACGCUGGGGGGCUCUGAGGAAGCCGAGUACACCGGCGAAUCAGGAAUGGAGCGCAGUGAUUCAGAGGAGCCCACCAAAGAAGAGGACCAAGAGCAAACCUCCGCCCCGGCUACCCUCGGCGGUGGUGACGGGCAGGAGGAUGGCCCCGCUGGGCACAGCCAACUCGUGGCGCCCGAUGGAGGCUGGGGCUGGGUGGUGCUGGUCGCCACCAUCCUGGUUCUGGCACUUACACUGGCCUUCCCAUCGUGCAUUGGCAUUUUCUACACCGAUCUGCAGACGGAGUUCAACACCAGCAACACUGAGACGUCCUGGGUGCCUGCCAUCAUGACUGCUGUGCUGCAUGCUGGGGGUCCAUUGUGCAGCGUUUUAGUGGAGCGCUUCGGUUGCCGGGUAACAGUGAUGGUAGGCGGGGUGCUGAGUGGACUGGGCAUGGCGGUCAGCGCCUUGGCUAGGACCAUCACCGAGCUGUACAUCACUGGCAUCAUAACAGGACUGGGAUUCUGCUUCGCUUUCCAGCCGUCAGUGACUAUGAUGGGUCACUACUUUGUGCGCCGCCGUGCCUUCGCUAACGCCUUGUCAUCUACUGGCACUGCUCUGGGCCUUAGCAUCCUGCCGCUGUUUGCCAACUUCCUGCUCACUCAAUUCGGCUGGCGCGGCAGCUUCCUUGUGCUGGGAGGGAUUUUGCUGAAUUGCUGUGUGUGCGGGGCCGUCAUGAGGCCAGUGGACGCCGCAUCAGGGCUAAACAGACUCAAGCACACCCAAGGGUCUAGUGAACUAAGCAAUCUCCCUGUGCAGCGGGAAGAGGGGGGGCUAAAGGCACGCCUUAGGGCUGUUCUCUUUGGCUUCGUCGCCUUCCUGCGCAGACACAUGGCCUUUGACCUGCUGCUCAGCAACUCUCGCUACUGUGCCUAUGCGGUGGGGAUAACGUGGAUGAUGCUAGGUUUUGUGGUGCCGCUGGUCUAUCUGGUGCCUUACGCUACUGACAACGGCAUGGAGCAGGACCGUGCUGCCCUGCUCAUGUCCAUCCUGGGCCUGGUGAACAUUGCUGUACGGCCCCUGGCUGCCCUCCUCUUCGGCCUCUCGCGUUUCAGAGGGAGCGGCUGUUUUGUUUACAUAUUCGCUGCCGCCUUGCUUGUGAACGGUCUGAGUAACGCCAUUUGCGGCGCAUCCGCGUCCUUCAACGUCCUCUUGCUGUACGUGGUGAUCUUCGGCGUUUCCAUGAGUGUGAUCGGCUCGCUGCUCUUCACCGUGCUGAUGGACACCGUGGAAAUGAGUCGCUUCCCAUCGGCCCUAGGGCUUAUCAGCAUGCUGGAGAGUGGAACAUUGCUUAUCGGACCACCCCUAGCAGGCCUCUUGGUGGACAGAAUGGGCCAGUAUUCCUAUGUCUUCUAUGCCUGCAGUGUGUCCGUGUCCUCCGCUGGACUCUUUCUCAUGGGGUCCUUCUACUUCCUGGACAGCAAGCAUGACAGGGAGAAGACAAAGAAGAGGAAGAAGAAGAAGAAGAAGAAGAAGAAGAAGAAGAAGAAACCAACAGGUCUCUACCUGAGGCCAACCUUGAUCCUUGUCCCUGACUGUGAGCAGGGCCAAGAAGAAACAGACAUGGUUUAUGUCACCAAUGUGUAGCCUAAACAUGGGUUUGAGAGUAGUUAUGGUAUUAGGCCGGAACUUCUUUAUAUACAGUAUUAGCCAUUUAUUGAGGAAAUUGGUGGACCUGUAUGGCGAGCCUUGGGGUCAGAAAUCACAGUUCUGAACGGUAAAGAUCAUUUGUGAUGUCACAUGAUCCUUCGCUAACAUUCCCAUCCCACCUAACCUCCCCCAUUCCCACGUGAACUUCCACUCCUGCCUUGUUUCCUUUCAAUAGCCAGUAAAAUGUCAUCCUCUGACACAUGCUGUAUGUUAGAAUGCCUUAACAUCUUGUCAUCUGUUAAGGUGAAAAAGUAGGGGACGUAUGGUAUGACCCAACAGUGUUUGUAUCUGCAUAGUGUGCACGGCUUAAAGCCUGCAGAGUCUUGGCAGGUGACAGAAGCUUGAAAGUCAAGAUGAGUGGCAAUGUGUUAAAAAAAAAAUCUAUAGUGUAGUGGUCUAUUCCGUUGCCUACCAACACGGGGAUCGCUGGUUCGAAUCCCCAGUGUUGCCUCCGGCUUGGUCGGAUGUCCCUUCAGACACAAUUGGCCGUGCCUGCGGGUGGGAAGCCGGAUGUGGGUACGUGUCCUGGUCACCUGCACUAGCGCCUCCUCUGGUCGGUCGGGGCGCCUGUUCAUGGGGUAGGGGGAACUGGGGGGAAUAGCGUGAUCCUCCCACGCGCUACGUCCCCUCGGCGAAACUCCUCACUGUCAGGUGAAAAGAAGCAGCUGGCGACUCCACAUGUAUCGGCGGAGGCAUGUGGUAGUCUGCAGCACUCCCCGGAUCAGCAGAGGGGGUGCAGCAGCGACCGGGAUGCUUGGAAGGGUGGGAUAAUUGGCCAAAUGCAAUUGGGGGGGGGGGGGAUCUAAAAAAAAUUUUUUACAUUGUCC